AUGGACCAGCAACUGGAGAAAAGGGCAGAGACUUGUGGCUGGAAAGGCCUGGGUAGAAGAGCCUUCAGUGGGGAUAAACCAAAGCCAUCGAAGCCACGGCCAGCCCAGCCAGAACCUCCUGAAAUGCUAUGGGAUUUAGAGGAUGAUGGUGUAUUCUUUGAAACUAGCCAUCUAGUUGUUGGAGAAGAUUCCUUCUCUGACUGUUACAUAGAAUGCAUAAUAAGAGGUGAAUUUUCUGAACCCAUCCUGGAAGAAGACUCACUGAAGUCCCUUAACCACCUGGAAGAAGAAUCAGAACAAGAGCUUUCUCAACAGGUUCUUACUGCGAGCUCGCUUCUGGAAAAAUCCUUGAAAUGUGUGCAAAAGGGGGGAAAACAAGAAUUCUCUCAAGAGAUUGUUGUAGAGAAUUCGCAGCUUGAGUAUUCAAAGCAUGUGACAGGCAAGAAGCUUCCUCCUGGAGGGAUGCCCAGCCCUGAUGUAUCAGAUCCUAAACAGUUCUCAGAAUUUGCUAGAAAGAAGCCCACAAAAAAUAAGAAAUAUGAUGCUCCAGAAAGAAUUGUUUGUCCUCAGAGUGGGUGCACAAAAAAGUUAAGGAAUAGAGCUUCCCUGAGAAAGCAUCUCCUUGUUCAUGCUCCCCGAGAUCAUGUAUGUGCAGAAUGUGGGAAAGCAUUCAAUGAGAAAGCAAAACUAAAAAGACAUUUUUUGGUUCAUACUGGAGAGAGGCCAUUUCGGUGCACUUUUGAAGGGUGCGGAAAACGCUUUUCCCUGGACUACAAUUUGCGUACCCAUGUACGCAUCCAUACUGGGGAGAAACGUUUUGUGUGUCCCUUUGAAAGCUGUCACAAGAGGUUUGUCCAGUCAAAUAAUAUGAAAGUUCACAUCUUAACUCAUACAAAGACCAACAAUAAUCAGUAA